UCGUUGAUCAUGCCCAGUCUCGUUGGCGUCCUUUUGUUCUCUUUUUUGCCCCCGUAUGAUACUCCGCAUGGAUUUCGAAAGAGCUCUGUCUUCGUUGUCGAGUUUGGAGGAAUCCACUUCCCAAGCAUGAAGUUCAAGCGACUCUACGGAUACCGGGCCCACUCAAGCCGUUCGUACGUUGUCUCGGGCUUGACAUCUCGGCUGUCCCCCCUUCUUUUCGACUACACUCAGGCUUUGGCGCAUUUACAACGUCACCCGUGA